GAGGCCGGCCUCCCCGGGAAAUUAACAAAACCUACACUUUGCAAAGUCUCCCCCAUCCCCCUCCCCCGCGUUCUUCCCCGCGGCGCGCCUGCCCCUCCUCGCGGCUUCUGUUGUGACUCUGGCAGCCUAUCCCGAGGGUGGGGAGCUGCCGAGGAGCCAGAGCAGAGCGGUACUCCGCAGCAUCACGUGCCAGGGUGGGGGCUAUAAAAUACCCAAGCCGGGGCGCCGGGCGGGGGACGUGAGGACCAGCCCUCUCCCGGGACCCCUUUGUUCCCAGCCCAGACGCCAACACCUCUGCGCCCCCACGGGCUUGACCGCCAGUGUCUGCGCGGCUCCUGGGGUAGAGCUCAGAACACUAAGGGGAGGGGUCGCCGCGGCCGGUCGGGCCUUCCAGCCACCCACCCCCCUCGACAUGUCGCGCUCCUUCUAUGUCGACUCGCUCAUCAUCAAGGACUCCUCACGGCCCGCAUCCUCGCUGCCUGAACCGCACCCUGGGCCGGAUUUCUUCAUCCCGCUUGGCAUGCCGUCCCCAUUGGUGAUGUCCGUGUCCGGUCCCGGCUGCCCAUCCCGCAAGAGCGGCGCGUUCUGCGUGUGCCCCCUCUGCGUCACUUCGCACCUGCACUCCUCUCGGGGGUCUGUGGGUGCCAGCAGCGGGAGCGCAGGGGCCGGGGUUACCGGGGCCGGAGGCAGUGGGGUGGCUGGGGGCGCAGGGGCCCUGCCUCUGCUCAAGAGCCAGUUCUCUUCGGCUCCUGGGGACGCGCAGUUUUGCCCGCGGGUUAACCACGCGCACCAUCACCACCACCCGCCACAGCACCACCAUCACCACCAUCAGCCCCAGCAGCCUGGAUCCGCCGCGGCGGCAGCAGCAGCAGCGGCGGCGGCGGCGGCGGCGGCGGCGGCCUUGGGGCACCAGCAACACCACGCACCUGUCUGCGCCGCCACCACCUACAACGUGGCAGACCCGCGGAGAUUCCACUGCCUCACCAUGGGCUCUGACGCCAGCCAGGUACCAAAUGGCAAGAGGAUGAGGACAGCGUUCACUAGCACGCAGCUCCUGGAGCUGGAGCGAGAAUUCUCUUCCAACAUGUACCUGUCUCGACUCCGGAGGAUCGAAAUCGCCACUUACCUGAACCUGUCGGAGAAGCAGGUGAAAAUCUGGUUUCAGAACCGCCGAGUGAAGCAUAAGAAGGAGGGGAAGGGCACGCAGAGGAACAGUCACGCGGGCUGCAAGUGCGUCGGGAGCCAGGUGCACUAUGCGCGCUCCGAGGAUGAGGACUCCCUGUCGCCUGCCUCGGCCAACGAUGACAAGGAGAUUUCUCCCUUAUGAGGGAGAGGGGGGCGCCUCCCUCACAUCCCCCGCUCCUGGAAGACCCGGCAACACCAAGGCGUGGGGGCACCAGGGGCCAAAAUCCUUGCUCGUCGCAGUGGUCCCAUCUGGAGAAGAAACGAACCUGGAAGUUCUGGAAUGGACAUGCCGGGCCUAAUCUUUCCCGUCUCCUCCUUGACCUGUUUAUUCGGGGCUCCAACUCGAAGUUAUAGAUUGUUUUUAAAAAAUGUAAAUAACCUAGAAUUCAACUUACUCUUGUAACAGAGGAAAAACAGGAUUGGUUUAAGUUUAACACUGUAUGGGGUUUUUGAAAGCGCAUGUCAUUUCCUCAUCCCUACUCUCUUUCAGAACCUGAUAAGAACACGGGGUUUAUUGAUUAUUUUCUGUUGUUGUUUUCAAACAAAAACACUGAAGUUGCAAAUAAUGUAGAAAAUUAGACCCUGUAGGUCUUGCUUUCUGAAAUUUCCCCUGGGGAGAAUUUAAAAUCUAAGUCGCUGGAAGUCCUUUUGGAUGUGAAUAGUUUUAUAUAAAAAUUAUAUUUAUAUUUAUUUAAAUAAAUGAAACAAAACCAGGAUUU